AUGACGUCACCGCGUUAUCUCUGUUCCCACUUCACGCACCCAGAUCCGGAAUUGAGUCCACGGUCUGAUCUGGAGAGAGGCGUCUGCACUUUUCCCUCUUUCUGUACAAAUCACCCGUGUUUUUGCUCUUUGUUGCUCGCUGUGAAGACUCCUACACCAGAAACAGACAUGCAUCCGGCAACAGCCAAAUGGUACGACAGGAGGGACUCCGUGUUCAUUGAGUUUUGUGUAGCAGACAGCAAAGACGUCAAGGUCAAUUUUGAUAAAACAAAGUUCGGUUUUGGUUGUGUUGGAGGAACUGACAAUGUCAAGCAUGAAAAUCAAAUCAACCUAUUUGAAGCCAUUGAUGAAAAUGAAUCCAAGCACAAACGUACCGAUCGAUCAGUGUUGUGCUAUUUACGAAAAGCUCAGCCUGGGAAGCCCUGGCCGAGGCUAACCAAAGAGAAAGAAAAGGUCUCAUGGCUUAAAGUUGACUUCAACAACUGGAAAGACUGGGCAGAUGACUCGGAUGAGGAAAACUAUGAUCAAUUUUCAGAUUUGAUGCACAACAUGGAUGGUGAAGACAUGCCAGAUAUAGAAGAUGAGGACAGCGAUGACGAAAAAAUGCCUGAUUUGGAAUAG